ACAGAUUCUGACACAAACAGACAGCGAGCUAUCCCCGAGCGAGCUAUCCAAUCUCACUCCAAACUCCAAAGAGUAGCAGGUCAGUGGAAGUGUCGAAUUUAAUCAUUUCUCUGGGUUGAGUUCUUUGAUUUCUCAUAAAAUAAGUAGCAGAUUGUCAUGGAUUUCCGUUCCUCAGAGAGUGAUCAAAGUUAGUGGCCAACUACGAAGAUCGGAAGAAGAUGCCGAGCAGCAGGUUUUCAAGUUCAUUCUCAUCUCCUGAUGUCAGUGUUACCAUAGACAUGGGAAAUCCGUUUCUUAAUCGCACCGUCGAUGGCUUCUUGAAGAUCGGAACUAUCGCGGCGGCAAGAGUAGGAGCUGAGGAAAUGUUUCACUGUAUUCGCAAAGGGAGUAUUUCCGAACACAAAUUGGAGCACUCGCUGAAGAAGAUGUGCAAGGAGGGUGCUUAUUGGGGGACUGUGGCUGGUGUCUAUGUGGGUAUGGAGUAUGGGAUGGAGAGGAUCCGUGGCACAAGAGACUGGAAAAAUGCGAUGCUUGGGGGUGCAGUAAGUGGGGCUCUGAUAUCUGCAGUCAGCAACAGCAGUAGAGAAAAAGUCGUGGUGGAUGCUAUUACAGGAGCUGCCGUUGCUACUGCUGCUGAGUUCCUUCAUUAUCUUACUUGAAUAGAAAAGAAACGGAACAACUUCCUACCUCUCUGCAGAUUGUGAAAAAGAAGGAAAGAAAACACUAUCUACUAUUUUGCUUUCUCUUUUUGACUCUUUAUGUAGUAAAUAAUGACUAAUUUGUUCUGUUGAUCAAAUACUAUCUGAAUUUAUGUCAAUUGGAUGUUGAAUGGUUACCAUGGCUGAUAAUAGCAGAAUGAGGGAAAUUUUCAUU